AUGGAUCGGUCAUCGGGCUCAAGCAGUAGCAGUUCCUCAUGUAGUAGUAGUUCCUCGAGCAGCAACAGUUCCCCAAGGAGUGGCAGUUCCUCAAGUAGCAGCAGUUCCUCGAGCAAUAGCAGCUCCUCAAGCAGCAGCAGUAGUAGUUCCUCAAACAGCUUGGCCAGUUUCUCUUCCUCUUGUACUUACGGUGUUGGCGUAGACACUCGAGGCCAAGAGCGUGAAGAGGAGGAAGACGCUGCGGUAGGAGACGAGGGCCGCGAGGAAGUUCCUCGACCUCGCCAUCUCGUAAGUGCUAAGCCUCGUCAUUGCGGCUCUCCAAGGCUUCAACGCCGUCGCUUUGGGCGUCUCACACCAGGUUCACAGAGACUCUCCCGCCUCCUCGGUCUCUGCUGGAGCCUGAAGCUUAACACUCCCGCACCUGCCAGCUACAGCCGUUGA